AUGGGGGAUAGCGGAAACAAAUGUUUUUCGACCACUUCGCAGAAUGCGCUGGUGUUUAGCAUUGUCACAAUUGAAACGUUGGUAAUAAUACCUUGCGUUAUCUUCACACUCAUAAAUAUCAUUGAGUUUGACAAUGACACUUAUAAGCACUACCACCAGGAUUUUGCCAAAGUCAUUGCGUUCCAUUUUCUGGCGCCCUUAUUAGCCGUCCAGGCAUUGUGGCUCCUCACAAACAUUCUUUCACUACUUGCCGUUCAUUUGACAACGCCAUACCUUCUAUUGCCAAAUAUUUGCGUAGUGUUCCUUGGUUUGAUAAUAUGCCUUGUAAUGAUAGGACCCUCUGUGGAUUGCCUGGUCCGUUCCGAAGCUCAGGUCAAAUGGCCCAUGACAGUUUUCGUUGUCGGACUUGCCAUAUUUAUUAUAGCGCUUCUUUUGUUUGUAGCGGUUCGCAUUGCGACUUUCCGGAAGCUUGUGAAAAAGAAGAAGGCGGUACAGACAACCGCUGAGAAAGAGGUACCCGAGCAACAGCCGCCGCCUGAGGCUCCUUUGCCGCCAGCUCCGGAUCCGGAAAUCAGCAGCGUCUCAUUCAGCCGACGAUCUACAAUGAGUAUAACAGAGGAUCGUUAUUGUCCCCCACCAAGGAUGUAG